AUGUCGGUGGAAGCAACGAAAAAACCCGGGAAGCCGGAAACUAAGAUCGCAGUGGAGCAAAGCAAGGAGAGUAAAGAAAAGGCCGCGGUGGUGAAUGAAAGAGAGAAGAAGAAGCAGGCGUUUAUAACAAGAACCAUAUGGACACUUGUGAUGAUAUUGUACUUCUUCUGCGUGGUUGCUGGAGGACAUCUUCCGCUCAUAGCUUCGGUGUUUCUUUUCCAAACAUUGACUUUCAAGGAGAUCAUUGCGCUUACCUCGGAACCAGCUAGAGACAAGAACAUCCCCUACAACAAGUCGCUCAAUUGGUACUUCCUCUUGGCCACGGUUUACUACUUGGAUGGGGAAUCGUUUUUCCAUUUUUUCCAAGAAACUAUCUACUCCAACAGGUUUUUGUCGGUAUUGGCCAUCCACCAUAAAUUCAUCUCUUACUCGUUAUUCAUUGCCGGAUUCAUUUUCUUUGUAUGGACCUUGAAGAAGGGCUUCUACAAGUUUCAGUUUGCUCAAUUGUGCAUCACGCACAUGACUUUGAUCUUGGUGGUUUUCCAGAGUCAUUUGAUCAUGGAUAACUUGUUGAAUGGGAUCAUUUGGUUCUUGUUACCUGCCACUUUGGUUAUUGUGAAUGAUAUCUUUGCAUACUUGGUUGGGAUCACAUUUGGAAAGACCCAGUUGAUUGAGAUCUCGCCAAAGAAAACCGUUGAGGGUUUUGUUGGAGCUUGGAUCUUCACUGGUAUUUCUGCACUGUGCUUGGCCUACUUUGCUUCGAAAUCCAAUUACCUCAUCUGUCCUGCCCAAAACUUGUCUACCACUAUCUUCAACUUCCCAGACUGUGACCCUAAUCCUGUGUUCAUUGCUCAAUACUACCAAGUCCCUAAAGAUCUCGUGGAGUACGUGGGAUUGGAGUACGUGAUUUUCAAGCCAAUUUAUUUCCAUGCCGCAAUGUUGGCAACUUUUGCAUCGUUAAUUGCCCCCUUUGGAGGAUUUUUCGCUUCCGGUUUGAAAAGAGCUUUUGGUAUCAAGGAUUUCGGUGACACCAUUCCUGGUCACGGAGGCAUCACUGAUAGAGUGGAUUGUCAGUUUUUGAUGGGUUCCUUCAGUUAUUUGUACUACCAGACAUUUAUAUCCACCCACAACGUUAAUUUGGGUACUGUAUUGCAAAUGGCCUUGAUUAAUCUAAGCUUGCCAGAAUUGAUCCAAUUGACGAAAUCUUUGUUGAAGUAUUUGAUGAAAGCAGGAGCUAUCACAGAUACUAAGUAUCAAAAGAUUCUUGAGUUGCUCGAGUGA